GUGGAGGGCUUCAUGUGACUGAGUGGGAGUAUGGCAAGUUGGGGCGACACCAUUCCACCAAGCCACACCCACCCAAACCACACCCACAGAACCCACAGAAAAGUUUGGCCAAGUCUUCUAGUGUUCAACCUGGCUGCUUCUCGCCUCCUUCUCAUGUUUGCUCUGUGUGCCUGAGCCCAAGAAGGAGAAAAGCAGUCAUGUUGCAUGCUGCGGCAGAGAGAAGCCAAAGUUUUCUGCCUCCCUUUGCAGUGGAGGUGCUUGGAAGGCAGCUCCUGUGGCUCCUGUCCCUUUAUGCAACUUCCUAGGAAGAGAACUAACUUGAAAGGAGGUGGAUGAUAUGGUGGAUAAAGCUACAUUUGAUAACAUGAAGGUGGAUUCUAGAGCAAACUGCACGUUAUUGCCUCCUGGGAUUCUAGAUUUCAGCAAAGGAGACUUUCUUCGCAAAGGCACUAUUGGGGACUGGAAGAAUCUCAUGACUGUUUCCCAGAGUGAAAGGUUUGACCGUGUCUUUAAGGAGAGGAUGAAAAAGCUGCCCUUCAAGUUCUGCUGGGAUAUUCAGGAGGAUCCAGAGCCUAUUUCCAGCUCAGUGGAUCAAAAUAAUGUGUGAUAUAAACUUUCAAAUGGCUUGAAUCAGAGAUGACCUUCCAAGAGU